UAUGUGUUGGUGGUUUGUUUCAGUAUAUUGACAAACGUAUUUUUUACAAUAUGGGAAACACGGACUCUAAAAUUAAUUUUCGGAAGGCUAUUGUGCAGCUAACACAUCAAAAAAUCGAACCUACUGAUGACCAGUUCUGGGAGCAGUUCUGGCAUGCACAUCAAACUACGCUUGAAGACGUGUUUGCUUUGAUUACUGCUACCGAAAUACGCCAGAUUCGCGAUGACAAGCCUUUCAAUUUGGCGACACUAUGCUACAAAGCUGUUGAAAAGCUUGCCCAAGCUGUGGAUAACAGUUGUCGAACACAAGUGGAUCAACAAUGUGUUUUAAAUUGUGUGCGUCUCUUGGUGCAUGUAAUACCGUAUAUAUUUGAGGAUGAUAAGUGGCGCGAUUUUUUUUGGAGUAGUUUGCCUGCCCAGGAACAAGAUGAACAGUUAGGGGCACGACCGCAAACAAUACCCCUGGCACAAUCCUUGUUAAAUGCCAUAUGUGAUUUACUCUUCUGCCCCGAAUUUACGGUGUCGGCAGCGCGUCGCGUAGGCCCUGAAAAGGCCGAGGAGUUGGCACAGCUAGAUAGUUGCGAAUACAUUUGGGAGGCGGGUGUUGGAUUUGCGCAGACGCCACCGCGGAACGCUCACAUGGAACGGCGACGCACAGAGCUCUUAAAGUUACUGCUAACUUGUUUUUCCGAUCCUAUGUACCGUACGCCGCAGCAGUCGGAAGAACCGAACAAAUGGAUUGCAUAUUUUACAUCUGCGGACAACCGUCACGCCUUACCGUUGUUUACUUCAUUCUUAAACACAGUGUGUGGAUAUGACCCAGUAGGUUUUGGAGUCCCAUAUAAUCACUUAAUUUUCGCAGACACAACGGAAGCACUCGUUGAAGCCUGUCUGCAGCUGUUAAUUGUGACGCUAGACCAUGAUAUGGUGGUACAGCAACAUCAACUGACACAGAGCUAUGCCGCCGCUGCGGAAAGUGUCUUGCUUACUGCUCCCUACAAUGAAAGCACUUACGGUGAUAAUUUGUUUAUAAAUUACUUAUCACGCGUUCACCGCGACGAGGAUUUUAAUUUCAUACUAAAGGGAAUUACUCGUCUGCUGAACAAUCCACUUGUGCAGAAUUAUUUACCAAACUCAACGAAGCGUUUACAUUGUCACCAGGAGCUUUUAAUUUUGUUUUGGAAAAUAUGUGACUACAACAAAAAGUUUUUAUACUUUGUACUUAAAAGCUCCGAUGUGCUAGAUAUUCUGAUACCUAUACUUUAUUAUUUAAAUUUUUCUCGCGCUGAUCAAUCGCGAGUUGGGCUGAUGCAUAUUGGUGUUUUCAUAUUGCUUUUGCUUUCUGGUGAGCGUAACUUUGGAGUGCGCCUUAAUAAACCAUAUUCAGCCACAGUGCCAAUGGAUAUACCAGUCUUUACAGGAACGCAUGCUGAUUUGCUCAUCACAGUGUUUCAUAAGAUCAUAGCAACAGGACAUCAGAGACUACAACCACUCUUUGAUUGCCUACUAACCAUAUUAGUAAACGUAUCUCCUUACCUUAAAACUCUUUCAAUGGUGGCUAGUGUGAAACUUCUGCAUCUUCUAGAGGCCUUCAGUACACCCUGGUUUUUGCUUUCUGCUCCUAGUAAUCAUCAUCUAGUGUUCUUUCUUCUGGAAAUCUUUAACAAUAUUAUACAGUACCAAUUUGAUGGUAAUUCAAAUCUGGUUUAUACUAUUAUUCGAAAACGUCAUGUCUUUCAUGCAAUGGCGAAUUUGCCCACUGACAUGGCUGGCAUUGCAAAAUGCCUGAGUGCGCGGAAAACAUGCGGUAAAUUUAAUUUGCCCCGAGUGGCAGUACCCAAGCAAACGGCAUUAACACGCAGUAUGCCUUCGUCGCAAGUGCAGGACGAGUAUGCUGAAGAAGAAGAGGACGAGGACUUAGGCGAGAAGGGUUCUGUCGUAGAAGAUUUUGCUUCUGAAGCAGUAUUGAACGAACGGUCACAGUUGGCAAAAGCACAGCCUGCUGAACAGGGAACAUUAAAUGCAUCACUGCUCGAUACGCCUCGUAUAACCCAAAUGACUGAACGCGAGCAAGCACAUCCCAAUGAUAAGAUUCAAACAGAGAAUACAAAUAUUUUAUCGUAUGAUAAACCGUCAGUAACAGUAACGGCGCCAAUCGAUGGGCAGAAGUCCUUCCUAACUACCAUGACUCGUGACGAUCAGCUGACAUUUUCGGUUGCACAUCGCAGCUGUAUUCGAAUAGUCCCCGACAUCAGUGAGGCCGAUCGCUGGACACCUACCCCCGAAUGGGUUGUUUCUUGGCGUUCAAAAUUGCCUUUACAGACAAUAAUGCGAUUGCUACAGGUACUCGUGCCACAGGUGGAAAAAAUAUGCAUAGACAAAGGUCUUACUGAUGAGUCGGAGAUCUUAAAGUUUCUGCAGCAUGGGACGCUCGUGGGCUUGCUACCUGUGCCACAUCCUAUACUAAUACGAAAAUAUCAGGCAAAUGCGGGGACCACCGCCUGGUUUCGCACCUACAUAUGGGGCGUUAUAUAUUUGCGUAAUGUGGAACCAGCGAUUUGGUACGAUACGGAAGUGAAACUUUUCGAAAUACAGCGUGUAUAGGCAUAGUGAGGAUCUAGUGAAUAUGGUAAUAGGAACGUAAUCGGAACUAUUUUUGUUUUUUAUUUAUUUACAGUAU